UUAGCUCAUCAAAACAAUUUUAAAACGACGUCGUUUUGCGUCUCAGCCUGUUGUUCGUGUAAGAAACCACUGAUUGAGUCGCCGCCGCCGUCAUCUCCUAUUGACAUGACUCUUUCCGGUGCUUUCAACGUUCUCAGGUCCUCCAAAUUCAUCUCCUGGAAAUCGACCGGGAUGUUUCAGCAAACUCUGGCCGGUUAUAUAGAAAGAACGGGGAAGACUCUACAUACCGGUAAGGUUUCGACCGUGAAAUUAUGGCCGGGGUUCGCCGGAGAAGGGAGGUACUUCGAUUUCCGAUCAAACGUAAUUCCUGCUUCGAUCGAUUACGCCACGGAAUCGCCUCUAUGCACCACGCUCUGUAAAGAUGGGUAUAGAAUUUCAACCGUCGAACACUUGCUUUCGGCUCUGGAAGCCAUGGGAGUCGAUAAUUGCCGGAUUGAGAUAGAGAAUUCGGACCCUGUAGGAGAUGGUGACCACGUUGAGGUUCCAAUUUUUGAUGGAUCAGCAAGUGAGUGGGUGAAGGCAAUAGAACAAGUUGGCUUAAAGGUGGCAACAGAUGAGUGUGGAAAUAGUUAUGAAAAGAUGGCAGCACAUAUAAAUAAACCAAUUCGAAUUCAGAAGAAAGGUUCUUUUGUGGCUGCAUUUCCAUCACCAAAAGUUUCCAUCACUUGUAUGAUUGACUUUCCCCAGGCCCCUGCUAUUGGCUUCCAGUGCUUGUCGUCAGCUUCAUUCAAUAAUUGUUAUUUCUCCAAGCAAAUAGCUUCAUCAAGAACUUUUUGUAUUUAUGAGGAGGUGGAGGAAAUGCGCAAAUUAGGACUCAUCAAAGGUGGUGGACUAGAAAAUGCAAUUGUUUGUAGUGCUAGUAAAGGUUGGUUGAACCCUCCACUUCGUUUCCAUGAUGAACCUUGUCGCCAUAAGGUCUUAGACCUUAUUGGUGAUCUUUCCCUUUUUGCAAGAUUUGGCAAUCAAGGGAUUCCUGUGGCGCACAUAGUGGUUUUCAAGGGUGGCCAUGCACUGCAUACUGAUUUGGCUCGUACUCUGUCAAUUAACGUCUGAAUGAUUAUCACACAUUUUCUUUGCUCCAUGUUUGACCCCUUUAGGUGUGUGAGCAUAAACUUAGAACUUGGAAGAAAGAUGUGAGAACUGACAACAUCAUACAGCUUUGAAGUAUGCUAGAAUUUCAAAUAGUGUAGAGAACUACUGUUUGUCUUCAUGAUGAAGAACAUUUUGCAAGUUUGGGAUGCUUUGCAUUUAUUUAUUUCUUUGAAUUUUAAUGUAGAAAGGUUUGUGAUUAUUCAAUAGAAAUUAACAUGCAAAGAUGGCUGAGAAAGAAAUGAAGCCAUAUUUGUAGUGCUUUCCAUAUACAUAUUAUUUUGAUCAAUAAUCAUUUGAAUUUAGCUACUUGA